AUGGCUGGUGACAAGUGCACAUUCGACGCGACCGCCGGAGAGCCGUUUGAGUUCGGCGCGACCUUUGACGUCAGCGCGUCGAACAAGCAGACGUGGGUCGCUCAGGCCGUCAUCUUGAAGCAGUACAACGAGGCGCUGAAUGACGAUGGCGAGGUUAUCGGGUGGCAGGAGAAUGUGGUGUACGCCGACCCGGAAAUGAAGAUCGUCUUCUACCCGACGACCGGCACGGCAGAAGAACCCUUUGAGGCCGUGCACGACUGCGGCGCAGGCGUGAUCGAGCAGGACCGUGAGACCUGCCAGGAUGUGGCUGAGGGCUCCACGAUCACGAUUCCGCCUACCACCGGAGCGGGCGCGACCCAGCCAUUGUGCUACAACAUCAAGUUCGCCACGACCAAGCUCACCUCAGUGUUCCACCUCGUCACGACGAACGUCGACUCCGUCGCAAUCUUCGCGGAGCAUGACCCGACCGAGUUUGAGCGCGGCGGGAUCGGUGGCAUCCACUACCUCAUGGACGUCGACACUUCUGCCAUGGGCGACGACGCUGCCCUCGUUGCCCUUGGUGCCGCAAGCCCCAUCGAGCCCGUCUUCCAGGACGGCGUCGACAACGCGCCCGAGAAGGAGAAGCCGUGGGGCCUCGCGAUCGGCACGAGCUUCCUCGUCAACGCCUGCACGCUCAUCGGCGUCAUCUUCCUCGCGCCGGCGAUCAAGAAGGUCGCCGACAAGAACCCGACCACCAUGUUUGCGCUCGCCAACGCGUUCGCGGCCGGCGCGCUCCUCGCCGCCGCCUUCUACCUGAUGCUGUACGAGGCCACGCACCUGAUCACGGACCCCGUCGACACGGCCAAGUCGGAGACCGACGCAGAUGGCGAAAAGACGUGGUCCGUCGAGUCGAAAGAGGCGGGCCGCUCUGCCUGGUGGGGCACGAUGAUCCUCCUCGGCUUCAUCUCCGCCAACAUCUUGGAGACCCUCGUCCAGGCCGCCGUCUCGAAGACGUCCAUGGGCAGCAAGACGCCGGACGAGGAAGAUGUCAAGCCGGAGGUCGCGCCGACGACGGCGAGCCUCACGACCAAGGUGCGCGUGCUCUGCGGAAUCCUCCUCGGCGACUUCAUGCACAACCUCGUCGACGGCAUCUUCAUCGGCGCCGCCUUUGUCGGCUGCAACGAGACCGUCGGCUGGACCAUCGUCGCCGCCACCAUCUACCACGAGCUCGCGCAGGAGGUCUCCGACUACCUCGUCCUCACAGACCCGAUGCAGGGCAACCUCAAGCCGUUCACGGCCCUCGGGCUGAACUUCAUCUCGGGCCUCUCUGUCGUCCUCGGCGCCAUCAUCGUCGUCGGCGCCGACCCGGGCGACAACGCAAACGGCCGGCUCCUUGCCUUUGGCGGCGGCGUCUACGUGCAGAUCGCCGCGACCGAGUGCUUUGGCCGCGUCAACAACACGGUCAAGACGAUGGAGAUGCGCGUCGGCACGAUCCUUGCCUUCGCCUUCGGCGCGACCGCCAUCGGCCUCGUCCUCCUCGACCACGAGCACUGCGUGCCCGACGGCGGUGGCCACGCCCACUGA